UCCUCGCGGAGCCCGGGGCCGUUUGACAUCCUCCUCUCUCUCCGCGGCCGCCUCUCUGCUGGCGUCUGGCCGCCGGGUCCCCGGGCCGCAGUCCUCUGUCUCCCCGCCGGUGUCAGCUUCUGGAGCCGGACCAGGUGACCGUGAGGCGGCGGAAAAAGACGCUUCUCCCGAGGAAGGAGGGGGCGGAGUCUCCUCCAUCAGUCGCUGCAGGAUGAACGGCAGCAGCAGUGUCUCCGUCGCUCAGAGCGCCAGAAUCAAAAGUGAACCAGAUGAUUGGUCGAAGGAGGACUGUCUGACUCUGCUGGAGCGGAUCCGUAGUCUUCUGCCGGAUGCUGACGGGAUGAAAUAUAAAACCACCGAGUCGCACUUCGACUGGGAUAAAGUUUGUUUCGGCAGCUUCACCGGAGAAAUGUGCCGCCAGAAAUGGCAGAAAGUCUCCUCAGAGGUCAGAAAGUACCGAACGAUGACGGAGCUCAUCAUCGAUGCCGUGGAGUUUGUCAAGAACCCGUACAAAGGCAAGAAGCUCAAAACUCAUCCGGAUUUCCCCAAAAAACCUCUGACUCCGUACUUCCGUUUCUUCAUGGAGAAACGAGCCAAGUAUGCCAAGAUCCACCCGGAGAUGAGCAACCUGGACCUGACCAAGAUCCUGUCCAAGAAGUACAAAGAGCUGCCCGACAAGAAGAAGGUCUGACUCGCAUCACACCUGUCACUCACAUGUCACCUGUCUGUCACUCACAUCACACCUGUCACUCACAUGUCACCUGUCU